GCGCGGCCCCUGAGGGCGGGGAGCUGGUCCGGCGGCUCCUGAGGGCGGCGGAGGCGCACAGGCGGGGCCGCUUCCCGCCGGCCCGCGGGGCGGGGCGAGGGCCGGGCCAUCCGCCGGCCGCGGCAUUCGAAAGUCGCUUGGCGGGCAGGGCUUCCUCCUCCCUCUUUCCUCUUCCUCCUACUCCGCCGGCGGUCCGCGCGGGGCUGUGCCGGGCCGCGGCGUCGCUCCUCGGAGCAAGUGCGAGCCUUGGCCGGUAAGGACUUGCGGAAGGGAAAUACGGGUGCCGACCCUGCUCGGUGUCGCUCGCUUCAGCGAUGGCAGCGUGGGAGGCCGCCGAAAUGUCCUUCAGUCUGAGCAGCGUGAUGGAACGGAUGCGGGAGAAGAAAAAGGGUGCCUUGAGGACCGCGAAGUUGAAUGCCUCGCUUGCAUCAAAAAUCAAAACGAAGAUCAUCAACAACUCCUCCACCAUGAAAAUCUCCCUGAAGCAGAACAAUAAAGCAUUGGCUCUGGCCCUCAAUGCAGAGAAAGCCAAUGCACAGCGCCUCACCCAGGAGAAGGCUGUCUUACAGAAGGAGGUGAAGCAGUGCCACUUCCAGAACGCGGUGCUGCGGCACAGGCUCUCCUUCCUGAAUAAUAUGUUGAAAAAAAUGGACAAUCUUAUGGCUGCAGCUAAGAUGGCCGAGCUGUCUGAGUUCCAUACAAAUUCUGCAUCCUUGUCCAGUGGCCAGAAGAGCAGCAUGAUUGAAGAGAGCUGGGCUGAUGAUAUUGCAGAUGGUCAGCUUCUGAGGGUUACACAGGUACCCAUGAGAGUGCCCAUUUCCAAGCUGCAUGAUGCAGAGCAGCAAGCUGGCAGCUCCAUAGCAGUACAGACGUCCUCAGGAGACCUUCGGAGUCCUGCUUGUAGUGCGGGAGAACUUCAGAGACUUGAUUCUAAUGAGCCCCUGAAAAUUACACCUGUUGCCCCCAAAGAUACUUUGCCACCACAGCGUGAUGAGGAGCCUCUGUUCCACCAGGAAGAGAAUGGCAAGAAGGUGACUGAGUCAGCAGAGGAGGCUUUUCAUGACUCUCACAUCUUUGGAGAGGUCUUGUGCACCACGGAGCAAAAUCCCAACAAUCUGCCAGCACUUGCCUGGGAAAGUAACACUCUUUCCUAUGAGGCUGAUGAGAUGGUAAAACGUUUCUUUGAUCGUCUCUCCCAUGGGCACGUUACUCAGAGGAGAAAGCAUUCUUCCCUCUUUGCUGCCAGCACUCCAUCUUCUGCCCGGGAUGUCUUCCCACACGCCACUUCCACUCAGGCAGCUUGGGGUGGCACUGCACAGGACAACAGCAGCGCCAGCAGGAGCAGCACACAGCAACAGCUGAGCUCCCCCAGCCCCCUGGCUUCACCUGCUGCAACUGCUGUCACUUCUCAUAGAAACUCUGUGGGUAACGAGACCUUCUGUGAGCAGCCACAAACCAAAGAAAUGGGGUGUGCUGUGGAAACGGACCGCAGCGAUAGCCAGGUCCCGGAGCUGGUUCCUGUAAAGGUUAAAAGCAAAGGUAACUGUAAAACUGGAGAGAAAAAGACUGUUAAAAAGGCAAGAACAGGAAAAAAGAAAACAACUGCAAUUAAAAACAAUGCAGAAAGUAGUCCUGAUAGAUCUCAAGGUGAAGAGUGUGCUCAAAAUGCAAAGACGCUUCUUCAGCCAGAAGUUGCAACGUGUUCUAGUGAGACUGAAGUCUGUGAGAUGGGGCAGAAGGUCUGUGAGGGGGCUUUUGACAGGAAAAAUAGAGACUGUGGUGUGCAGCACCAUUCCCACUCUCCUGAUGAAGUCCAGGACUUUGGAGGUACAGAUGAGGUGAAUCCAGCACAGCUGCAGAGUCUUGGAAGUGUUGACUUAAUGCCACAGGUUACAGAGGGUCCUAUUGUUGAGAUGCAAAGUGUGGAGGGUUUGCUAAAAGCCCCAGUUCAUACCUUCCCAAGUCAGGAAGUCCCCUCAGAUGAUUCCAAUCUACAAAAUUCUACAAAAUUCUCAAGUGUGAGCAGAAAGAGUAUCAGACAGAAAGUCAACAGAAGAACUAGAGUAAUUAGGCAAAGACAUGAUUCUGAUGAGGAAUAUCUGCCAAACAGUGUGAUAAUACCAGAGGCCAAAGCUGAAGAACAGCCUAAAAGAAGCCAAACAAGCAGGAAGAAUACUGUCAGGAAAAGCACUUGUGAUCAGAGAAAUGAAGUUACUGCUUUUAGGCCCUGGAUAGAUGUUCAAGGAGUAGCUAAUGAGAGGACAAAGGAUUUGGCAGGUAAUCUUAAACAGCGCAGGGUAACUUUUAUUAUCCAUCCUUUGGAUCCUGCAGGAAACUUGGGUUGUUCCCAGACAGAAUUUGAAGGGGGUGAAAAUGUACCUCCCAGGUGUGUUCCUGGGAGCAAAGCAAGCAAAAUCCCACGAGCUGCUAAGAGCAAUCAAAAGAGCAUUAAAAAACAGACAGGGGACCUUCAAGAAAAAGGGCAAGGUAAAGUUGACAACAACAUGAAUGCUUUGAAAAAAGAAGCCUCUUGCAAACCCAAGCCUCAGAGGAAGAGGAGCCAUUCUCGACCUCCAGAGACUGAUUCCCUGGCCAGAAAAAGCGAUGGUGCCAAGGUUCUCAUUGGAAGUUCCACAGAACUUGCAUCCAAGCAAAUUGUCCUGAUGGGGAAGUUUUCCUGCACUACACAUCUGCUGUCUGAGCCAGAUGCUCUCCUGGACGAGCAGCUACCUGAGAUAUCACUUGCAGAUAGUCUUACAGACCUUCCACACAGCCUUGAAUCCUCCCACGUGAGCAGUCCUGCAGUUUUGCCUGUCAGCUCCAGACUUACAGAAGUACCAGUUUCCGAGAGCUCAAGUACUAAGGGCAACAGAAUGCCAGCAAAAUCCCCUGUUUCGUUGAAAAACUCCCUGAUAUUUAACGAAAAGACUUCAGAGGAAAUACCUGGGGAAAGGAACCAAGUGCAGUCAAGUUCUUGGAGCUCACCUUCAUGGGAACCUGAUGUCAAGCCGCUGCGGGACUUGAACGAUGCCAGGGUUCUGCCUCACUCCGGCUCGGAGGAAGCGCCAGGGCGCUCAUCCCGGCGGACGCGGAAACCAACCUGCUACAAAGAGCCAUCAAUCAUUAGGAAACUGAGGCAGGGUGACCCAUUUACAGACACUGAGUUCCUCCACUCUCCUCGCUACAAAAGCAAAAAGAAGCCUGUCAAAGCCAAGGGAGUGACCAAGGUGAAAGAAAACCAAGGAUGGCUUCCUGGAGGAUGUGUCAGUGCCAAGACAGACAAGUUCAUGGUAACAGAAAGUGCUCAGGAGUAGUAUAGGGGUUGAAAGGCAGCCCCCAAGCUCCUAGAAGCUCGUGUGUUUAGCAACAAGGCUACAGCUUUGAAUGCAGAGGCCCAAGCAAAGACUGACGUGGCUGACCAGGCAGCUGAACUAUUCCAGCUAAGGAGACCCAAGGACCAGUUUGACAACUCGAGCCUUAUACCAUGGAUUUCUUCUGUUUUCAAAUCUGUGGGACUCAUGGGGUGGGAAAAGUGGCUGACACAAAUUGAUGGAUUUCUAUUUUAAUGACAGGCAUGGCCCUUAUGUGCUGUAUGAUUAGCCCCUAGCUAUCUUCUGCUUCCUUCCUGUUCUCUCCCCCUGUCUGCCAUGUAAAGCUCCCUGCAGCAGAGGAUGAGCCCCAUACCAGCCAACAUUAAGGAAUAUUUGAAACACAGGGUGCUCAGGACCAGGCCUAAGCAUGUCUUGUCUCAAACACUGAGUAUUGCUACAGGAAGGGUGAUCAGAGGAGAGGAUCCCGUGGGACAGAGCUGUUUGAAAACAUCUCCCCUUUUCCUAUCAUUCCUUGCCCUUGUUAAAGAGUACCCCUUCAGCCUUCUUGUAGCCCCUUGAGGUACUGGAAGGUGCAACAAGGUCUCCCUAGCACCUUCUGUCUUCUAGGCUGAACAACCUCAACUCUCUCAGCCUGUCUUCAUAGGAGAGGCAUUUCAGCCCUUUGAUCGUCUUUGUGUUCCUGCUCUGGCUUUGCUCCAACAGGUCCAUAUCCUUCUUGAGCUGGAAACCAUAGAGCUGGACAACAGUACUCCAGAUGGGGUCAGCUGUGUUUCAGGAAAUCCUGUACUCUUCCAUUGUACACUGAGCACCCACUGACUUCAAUCACCUGCUUAUUUUAGUGUCUAUUGGUGUAACUUUGAAGGUUAUUAAAUGUUUGAGAGAGUGGUGGGGAAAAGAAGGGAUCAGACUGGUAGUGAAAGAGAAGGAAAUGGUGCCUGAUUGGAAGCAGGAGAAAUGUUCCCUCUUUGUGACAGAGCAGGGAAGGGAGAGAGCUGCUCUUUUCUUCUGACCAUACUUACUGCUUCUCCUGAGCACCUCAGCAACAUCCAUCCGUUCAUGAGGAUGGGCUGGGUCUUGCUGUACUCUCUGCACUCAGAGGACUCCAGAAGAUGGAAGCUUCAUGAGUAGAGGCAAAACAGUGUCAUCUGCAGUCAGGUAAAUGCUACUACAUAGCUUACAUUUAAAGCUGUACUGUUAUUAAAACUAACAAAAAGCCUAAGGAAACAAAAAGCCUAAGAUUCAAAAAUGCCCUCUUAAUUAUUUGUUCAGUUUUCUGUAAGUUACCAAGCUUUCUCUGGGACUCUGUAACUGUGGAAGCCAGGUAGGAGCUAGUAAACAACAGGGAAUUUGUUAGAGGUGCUGUCAUAUUAGAACCUGCCUGUCUGACCCCCUGAUGGCAGAAACCAGGCAGGAACACUGCUCUCUGACUGUUCCCAGUAAUUGUUUUCACUGCCUCUGUGGGUCAGAACUGGGACUUCUUCCAGCUGCACUUAUGUGUUUGUGCUAGUAAACAGAGUAGACUGUAUUCAUUCACAUUGAAGGUACAGAGACACUGCUAGCAGUUACAGAGCUGUGCUUCAAACACGUGGUAACUAGCUAGCUGCUUUAGUCUAACAUUGCUAUCUCUAUCCUAAUCACCACCUGUAGCAGUCAGCUGGAGGGGGAGUUUGUUCAUGUGUAACCAGUUUCUGUUUUGCUGAGUAAGGAUGUAUCAGUUUGUAUUAUUCCCCAAAUAAAAUUUCAAUGCAAGUGGU